AUGACAAAUUUCAUGACGCCAUACAGACAAACCAACAGUAUUGGUUAUGAAGAAAAAUGUUUCAACUAUCGACUUUGCCGUGCCAGGCGCGUAGUAGAAAACGCAUUCGGGAUCAUGGCAAAUAGAUUCAGGAUUUUCCUAACGCCAAUAGCUACUAAAGUGGAUACAGUUGAUGAUAUCGUUAUGGCAUGUUGUGUUUUACACAACUUUUUACGCCGCAAAAGCACUUCUUACAUACAACCUAGUAACAUCGAUACUGAAGACAUUAUCUCAGGGACUGUAUUGAUAGGUGAUAUGCACAUGAAUGGAGAACUAAUAUCAUUAGAUGUGUCCAGGCAAGGAUCUCCGACUAUUGACGCAAAGAUGAUACGAAAUGGAUAUAAAGAAUAUUAUAAUAAUGCAGGUGGAGUUGACUUUCAACACAAAUUUUUAAAAUAUCUGCUUACUGAGGCCUGUGAUUGGUCAUCUAGGUUAUUUCCUUCUACGAAGAAACCGCUGCACGAGACUCUUCUUGAUCCAUCAGGAAAGACAAUAGAUCAAAAUACCACAAUGUUACCUCGAGAUGACUAA